AUGGUGGCUGGCAGGGUUGGGGUUGGGCCUAGGCCCUGCCCUGGCCCUGGUGGAUCCCUGGAGCUCAGCGAAGUGGUUAGCAGGCAUAUACCAUUACAUCUGACUAAUUUUCUUUUUAAAAUAAAAAUUUCUCUUUUCCUCCCUGACACUGCCGAGGUCGCACGCGUGAGGGCUCUCCGCCGCCGCAGACGCGGCCCCGAUGCCUACGUGGCCUCCUACCUGCUGGCUGCCCUCGGGGGUAACUCCUCCCCCAGCGCCAAGGACAUCAAGAAGAUCUUGGACAGCGUGGGCAUGGAGACGGACGACGACAGACUCAACAAGGUUAUUAGUGAGCUGAAUCGAAAAAACAUUGAAGACUUCAUUGCCCAGGGUAUCGGCAAGCUUGCCAGUGUACCUGCCGGUGGGGCUGUGGCCGUCUCAGCUGCCCCAGGCUCUGCAGCGCCUGCUGCUGGUUCCGCACCUGCUGCAGCAGAGGAGAAGAAAGAUGAGAAGAAGGAGGAGUCUGAAGAGUCAGACGAUGACAUGGGAUUUGGCCUCUUUGAUUAAAUUCCUGCUCUCCUGCAAAUAAAGCCUUUUUACACAUAAAAAAAAAAAAA